AUGUCGACAAGCACUUCUACCGACGACUCAAGUCGCACUCUGGAACUCGCCAUGCAUGCGGCCGAAGAUGGUGACGCUAGCGCUCUUCAUCAAGGUGAAGGGUUGGGGCAAAGCUCUCCAAUCACGGAUUCAUCUGAGAACCAGGAGGGGCGUGAAGGACAAGGUGAAGGGGAUACCGACGAUGAGAACACUGAAGAGGCUACGCAAGUAGCAGGUCGCUUGUUGUCGCGGUCGGGCGCACUACUGGAUGUGCUCAACCCAUCUCACGCAGAACUUGCGAUUGCGUCGAUGGUCCGUAAACAUCGGUUCUUCGGAGAUGCUUACAUGCGAGGUCACCAAAUUCCCUUGGACUACCGGCAACGUACAGGUCUUCCAGUGCCUCAUGCCCCUGCAGUGUCGGGCACGGACCUGCACAAUGAUCCCCACCACGUAGACACCUCCAAAUCGCUUAUAGCUCAACCCAGAGAGGUUGGGUUAUUGCCGCGAUCGCUCAUGGAGGAUCCCUCUUUCCCUCCUUCGUCAGGCGCUCUUACAUGCGGCGACAUCCUCGGUGAUCAUCGAGAGCACACUGUCAAUGGUCGUCGCCGGGACUCCUUGACAUUCGUGGAGACCUCUCCGGCACCAUUCUCACCUUCGGGUGCAGAACUCGACACGUCGAUUGCACAGCCAGAUGUUGUUAUCCAAACCAGCCAUCACGCCGCAAAGAUUGCGAAGUCGUUGUCCCGGUUCAGCAUGUAG